AUCAAAUUGAAAAGGGUCGAGGGGGCAAAAAACAUAUCUGGUAUGGCACUUGUGUGGGUUAGAAUAGAAAGUAAAGUCCCUGCCCUGGGGAUGAAGACACCUCCACACAUCUACUAUUCCUAGCUCCUUGUUCAGAUCCGCCAGUUGCCUAGGUCUCAGAGAUAUACCCGCAGUGCUCCUAGGUAUCCUAUCCAUCUCUAGGUCAAUAAUACAAUUAAAAUCUCCCCCAAUAAUUGUAUGGCGGAGCCCGAAAGCCAUUAACUUAGAGAACGCUUCCAUUACAAAUUUAAAAGGGUGUGCUGGAUGACAAUAAAAAUUCAAAAUCCCGUAUUCCUCUCAAUAUAUUAGGGCUUUGGUCAAUAUAUACUGUCCAGACUCAUCUUUUAUCUGGCUUAAUAUUUGGAAAGGAAGAUUCUUCCGAAUAAGAAUGGCUACUCCCCUACCUUUUGAGCUGAAAGAUGAAAUGAUCACCUGACCAAACCCACCCUGUUGUAGCUUUGAAUGUUCCUUAUCAAGUAGAUGUGUCUCCUGUAAGAGAGCUACAUCAACCCUUUUUAAGACUUGAUAAUAUCUUUUUCCUUUUGAUUGGCAAGUGACUCCCCUUGACAUUCCAGAAGCACCACCUAAGCGAACGGCUAGCCAUGAUUGUCCAGGCAGGCCCAAGAUCCCCCAAGUGGAAGAACCCCACCCAAAAGACAUUGAAUAAAGACCGUAGAAAAUUCACAUAUUAAAAAACUCUUUAAAAUAUUUAAAUCAACACAAUUAAAAAGUACUCCUAAGUAAAAAUAACACAAAACAUAUUUGAAAGGAGAGUUUCCCCCUUGCUCCCAGGAGGCAAUACUACCUACCAAUAACCCCACCAUAACCUUUCCCAGCUAGGGCCCUGCCCUCGGCCCAAGCAUUACAGAAUUAAGUAAAUAAAUUCAAGUGUCUUAUAAAACAGGAGUUAAAAGUAAGUGAACCCCCCCCCCCCCUCCCCACACACACACAUACCAUCACGUUUAAUAAAAACAAUACAAAAUAUAAAGUUACAAAAUUACAAUGCCAGCAAAUAUUAGGCAACUAAAUAAGAAGAAAAAAAAGAAAACCCCACUCUAGAAAAAAACCUCCCCCACAGAUAAUCAGAUAAGCUGCACGAGCUAUAAAAAAGGAAACCAAAGAAAGAGUAAAGAACAAGCCCCCCACCCCUCAUCCCCAGGGAAAGAUGGGCAAAAGAGAGUUGGAGAAAGAAAGAAGGGUAAACAAAGGGGGGACAAAAUAAAGUCAUUAUCCAUACAGUUCAGGUUCGAGUCUAUUUGAGAGCAUCCAAGAAUUCUUUUACUUUCUCCAGUGAUCCAAAGUUAUAUUCGGAUCCUCCAUGGCUGAAGCGCAGCAUAUCCGGAUAUCGCAUGGAAUAUUGAAUAUUUAAGUCUCUCAAAUGCUUCUUCACCUCAUCGAAUGCCUUCCUCUUGCGGACCACGACUGAAGAAAAGUCCUGAAAUAGCAUUAUCUUGGAGCCCUUGUACAUUAUGGCCUGGGGAUCCUUCCCCAUGACACUGGAGGCCUCUAGGAGCAUUUGUUUUUCCUUAUAACAUUGAAGUCGGACUAGAACCGGGCAGGGGCGCUGGUCUGACCCGGGUCUGCGCAUAGCAACUCGGUGGGCCCGCUCCACCCACACCCAUUCCAGCUCCGACUCCAACUUCAAUAAUUGUGGAAGCCAUUGCUCCAAGAAAUCCACAAGCUGGCCUUCUGCCUCCCGUUCGGGAAGGCCCAGCAACCGAAUAUUUGUCCGACAACCUCGAUUCUUGAGGUCGUCAAUGUACUCCUCCAGGGUCCGGAAUCACCGCUCCAGAGCCCGGACCUGACCCACAGAUGACUUAGCAGCAGUCUCCAAGGCCAUGGCCCAUUGUUCCACCUCUCUGACACGCUGCUCAAGUUUUUCGAUCUCUCAGUCACGAUUCUGCAGCAUGACCAAGAUUGACUCCCUCCUGAACCGGGCCUCCUCGAUUGACGUGUCGAUCUUCUCCUGGAGUUUGACGAUCUCGGAGAUCAGGCUCGACUCUACAGUGCUAAGCAUCCGAGGUGUACAAGAAGAAGAGCCUCCAGACCCACAGCUGAUGAGACUGGAUAAUAUGCUGUUGGCUGAAGGUGUGUCUGGGCCUGAGAAAGGUGGAGGAUCAGCGGCAGCUGCAGCGGCGGCAGCAGCAUCGGGUGGUUCACCAAAUGAUAAUUCCAUUGAGCAUUCCGACUACAGAGCCAAACUGACACAAAUUCGGCAGAUUUACCACUCGGAGCUGGAGAAAUAUGAGCAGGCAUGUAGUGAAUUUACCACACAUGUUAUGAACUUGCUUCGCGAACAGAGUCGGACCAGACCUAUUUCACCAAAGGAGAUUGAGCGUAUGGUUUCUAUUAUCCACCGAAAAUUCAGCACCAUCCAGAUGCAGCUAAAACAGAGCACAUGUGAAGCGGUCAUGAUCCUACGCUCUCGUUUUCUUGAUGCAAGGCGAAAACGACGCAAUUUCAGCAAACAGGCCACAGAAGUUCUGAACGAGUAUUUCUACUCCCACCUGAGUAAUCCCUACCCUAGUGAGGAAGCCAAAGAGGAACUGGCAAAGAAAUGUGGUAUCACAGUGUCACAGGUACAGCCUACUCUCCCAGCUUCAGCCUGGGAUUCGUCUGCAGUCCACAUCCACAGAUAUCACUACACAUUCCCCUCAAGCCAGCUUGGAGAAACAAGCAAAGCAACAAAUGUGUCGAAUUGGUUUGGGAAUAAGCGAAUCAGAUAUAAGAAAAACAUUGGCAAAUUCCAGGAAGAGGCCAAUCUUUAUGCAGCCAAGACUGCAGCAGAUGCCACAACAGUGGUAGCCCACCAAGGGAGUCAGGCAAACUCCCCUUCCACGCCCAAUUCAGGUUCUUCUGGUUCUUUUAACAUGCCAAACUCUGGAGACUUAUUCAUGAACAUGCAGUCACUGAAUGGGGAUUCUUACCAGGGUUCUCAAGUUGGAGCUAACGUGCAGUCACAGGUGGAUUCCCUGCGUCAUGUUAUACACCAGACAGGCGGAUACAGUGAUGAGAUGGCAGCAAACCAGAUUUACACCCCAAGGCGUAUAGAAGCUAAUGGCAGCUGGCAGGAUGCUACUACCCCAUCUUCUGUGACUUCACCUACUGGAGGACCAGGCAGUGUCAACUCAGACACCUCCAACUGA